AUGAUGCCAGGACCUGGCAGUGGCCGCAACCAAUCCGCAAACCCAUACGAACACUACGAUGCUUCCAUAGAAGACGACGACCUCAUAGAUCCCGAUGAUGCAACUCUCGACGAUCUCGAAGACCCCGUCUCCAGCAACGACCGCGCUCCUCUGACGGGCAACAUCUCCUCGCAACAAUCGCAAUCGAAUGCCCGAACCGCCAAUUCCGCUCAAGGUUACCUCAAUAAUUCCAUCGGAGGUGAAGACCGUCGCGCCCCACUCGACACCAUCGACGAAUCCGUCUGGGAGACUCUGCGACGUGACCUACUUGCGGUAUGGGAGAAGAUGCGACAAGUGCUGUAUCCCAAGUACUUACUGGGUGGUGUCUUGGCGCGAGGACAAGGAGCGUCGGGCGAGGGAUCUGAUCAGGGAGGUGUGGCCGGCCAGAUCAGAGGCCUGGUCGGCAGGUGGCCGCAGGUUGAUGCGGACACGCUGUUGGAGCAGGGUGGAAUGAGUGAGGGUUUAAGGGAUUGGGAUUUGUGGGGACCACUGCUGUUCUGCUUAUUGCUGUCGUUCUUCUUGUCGCUCAAUGCGAGAGAAGACCAGCGAUCUGAAGUCUUCAGCGGAGUCUUUGCUCUCAUCUGGAUUGGCGAGGCCGUUGUGACCUUGCAGAUCAAGCUGCUAGGAGGCACGAUCUCCUUUUUCCAAUCUGUCUGUAUCAUCGGAUACACGCUCUUUCCCAUGGUCAUCGCCUCGAUCCUCAGCGCCUUCCACGUGCCCAUGGUAGUGCGGAUACCAGUCUACAGCGUACUCGGGCUGUGGUCGUUAGCAGCAGGUGUGAGCAUUCUGGGCGGUAGUGGUGUGGUGAAGAACAGGGUAUCACUAGCGGUGUACCCGUUGUUCGUGUUCUAUAUCGGAGUGGACUGCUUAUGCUUCAUCUCGUAAUCCGGGAAUAGACUGGUCAUCUGUAACAUCAUGAAUCCAACGCUGUAUCAACGGUCCCAGGCCACCCAGCCCGUGGUCUUCCUCUGUGAUCCUCGUAUCUUUCAGUGCGGACAUAACGCAACUGGAAGACGUACCAUCUACAUCACAGCACGGUUUCGUGGUGAGCACUGCCGUCCAUUGUCAACUCUGGCAAAUAUGGAAGGCACCAUACCCGAGUACGCUUCGAAGACACUUGUUACUCGGCGGCUUUGGUGAAUGCGCGGGCUGGCGAUGCGCAAGUACGCGGACACUGGGCAUUAUGGGAACAAUUCAGAAGACACGAACUUGGAAAACAGAAUCAAAGUAAACAAGUAUUCUCAUUUCAAGUAUCUCCAGACGUGUACCGGAAAGGCACAGUCAGGGCCAACAGCGAGGUACCUACCCUAAGCUAAGGUAGCCUCCUCACUGAUCACCCGGAGUAACAGCCAAGUCCCACCUCGUGUGAAGCAGCAGAUGACUAUUAACAAGUCCAAGCGGUAGCACUACGAACGCCCAAGAACAAGACGAUGGGAGGGUUGCUGCAUUUCGUCUCCCAACUUCAGAAGUGAUGAAGCUGAAAUCAGACAACCGCCU